UCCCUUUGGGGUCGCUGAGGGCGCUGGUGCCUAUCUCAACUACAAUUGAGCGGAAGGCGGUGUACACCCUGGACAAGCUGCCACCUCAUCACAGGGCCAACACAGAUAGACAACAUUCACACUCACAUUCAAUGUAGUGUUGCCAAUCAACCUAUGCCCAGUGCAUCUCUUUGGAAGUGGGAGGAAGCCCACGCAUUCACGGGGAGGACAUGCAAACUCCACACAGAAAGAUCCCGAGCCUGGGAUUGAACCCUGACUACUCAGGACCUUUGUAUUGUGAGGCAGACGCACUAACUAACCCCUCUCCCACCGUGAAUCCCUGUAUAAAAACGCAAAAAUGUAUUUUUUGUCAAAAAGAAAAAGUUUGUUAAAAAUACACAUUUUAACCGGUGUCUGACAGCGCCUGUCAGUCCGCACUCAGGAAUAAAUCCCCAUCACGACCACUUGAGGGCUUCAGCUCCCUGGCAGUCAACGAUCAGGAACACAAUCCUGCAAUCGGUUGAUUCCUUAAGUUCAGUCGCUCGGUGUUUCUGGUAAAAAAAACAAAAAACGAGCGGCUAAGCCUCGUCGGGCAGCGGAAAAGAGGCUCGUUUGUCGAAUGUACGUAAGGAGAGAAGGCGGCGUAUUUGUGCCAUGUCUGAGCAGCGGCUCCUCGCGUGAAGCUGCAGCCGCAGCACGUCAUCAAGAAGAAGAUGAACGACUUCGAAACGCCAGCCUUUGCCUCCGCCAUCUUCGGCUCCUCCAACAGCAACGGCCAUGACGUUCCUGAUGCUAAAGCUAAGUCCAGUGCCAAAGCGGUGUAUGAUGAAGUCUAUUUCCUGCACUCGUCUUCCAAACAGAAAAAGAAAAGCCAAAAACCAAGACAUGUCUGGACCACAACCAGCAUCAACAGUCUGACGGACACGUCUCAGUACCAUGUGGAGCACCUGAGCACCUUUGUGUUAGACCGCAAAGACGGAAUAAUCACGGUCGAGGACGGCGUGCGCCGUCUACGUCUGCUGGACGCCAAAGGAAAGAUCUGGACGCAGGAGAUGAUGCUGCAGGUGGACGAGAAGAGCAUCACCCUGGUGGACCACGAGAGCAAGAGCGAGCUGGAGAACUUCCCCUUGGGCUCGGUGCAGCACUGCCAGGCCGUCGUCAACGCGUGCAGCUACGACUCUAUCCUGGCGCUUGUGUGUAAGGACUCCGGUCAGAACAAGGCCGACCUGCACCUGUUCCAAUGUGAUCACAUCAAGGCCAACCUGAUCCAAGCCGACAUCGAGAGCGCUGUGAUGGACGCCAAAGGAGGGAAAGUCAAGAAACGACCCGAUGUGCUUAAGAUGAUCCUGAAGAGUGAUGGAGACAUCCCGCCGCCUCCCGCCGCUCCCGCCCCAGAACCUCCAGCAGACCAGUCUGAUUGGCCGCAAGACGGUGACCGACGGAUAAUGUCGGCAGACGACAACAAACCUGUUGACGUGACGGCGGCCAUUGUGGACCGAGACGUGCAAAUCCUCAACCACAUCCUGGACGACAUUGAGUCGUUCAUCACCAAACUCCAAAAAGCUGCUGAGGCAUUGAGCGAGCUGUCCAAGAGGAAAAAAGCCAAGAAAGGAAAGAAGAAAAGUCCAGGAGAGGGUGUCCUGACGCUGCGCUCCAGGCCGCCUGGUGAGGAAGACUUUGUAGACUGUCUGCAGAAGUUCAAGCAUGCAUUCAACCAACUGGGAAAACUCAGAGUUCACAUCCAGAACCCGAGCGCUGACGAGCUCCUUCACUUCCUGUUUACGCCUCUCAGGAUGGCGAUCCAGGCGUCUGGCGGCGUGGAUCUAGCCCGCAGCGUCGUGGUUCCGCUGCUCAGCAGAGAUGCCAUCGACUUCCUACACACCUCGGGGACGGCGGAAGAGCGCCACCUAUGGGUGACACUGGGAGAUGGCUGGACCAAGUGCAGGUUGGAGUGGCCCAAGGAUCACUACUUCCCGCCAUGCACGCUGAGCUUUGGUGACGGCUGGCAGCCUCCCGCGCUGGCAGAGGCUCUGAACGGCGAGCCACCGGUUGAGGAGGUGAGAGGUGACAUGGGAAAGUGAUGUGACUUCUUGCAGCUUAGCAGCCAUUUUGUCUUCCAGUCAGCUGCAGACAGGUACGCCCUCACUAACCCCGCCCACCAGCGCACGCAGCUCCUGGAGCAGGACCCGGCCGUAGCCGCGCUCCAACAAGCACUAGGCCGCCACGCUGACCGAGGGUUUGGCGCCGACGACAGGAACCAAAGCAAACUAUUUGCCAAAUCCAAGUACGACUUUGUGGCGAGAAACAACACAGAACUGUCGGUGCUUAAGGACGAGGUUGUUGAGGUCCUGGACGACACCAAGCAGUGGUGGAAGGUGCGGAAUGGUGACGGCUCAGUGGGCUACGUGCCAAACAACAUUGUGGAGGUGACCAAGGCGGUGGACAUGACCGGGCGAGGCGAGCCCGUCUACAAUCACACCAUCCAGCUCAUGAUGCCGAGGAAGGAGUUUGAGAUGUUCAAGCAAUUGCUGGGCGAACUUAACGAGAAGCAGACCACCAAGACAGACCACCUAUCCAGCAAACCUGCUGCCACGCCGAUGCCCCCAGCAGCCACGCCUCCGCCAGCGGACCUUGCCAUGCUCCCCACGCCUCCGCUGCCGCCCCCGCCUGCCAUCGAGGCCGCCAAGCCCGCCAUUGACAGCACGACAUCCAGUGAGGAUGGCAGCGUGGCUGUGAGAGACCACCGCAACAAAAGUGUCCUCGCCAACAGAAGGAAGUCCAACAUGGAGGAAGUCCAGGACGAGCUCUUGCAUAGACUGACACUCGGCCGCAGCGCUCAGAAGAAACUUCCAGUCCCCUUCCGCCGAGGUGGCGGUGACCUUCCUGCCGUAAGCAUCACGUACGAGUCGUCGCCUGAUGACGUCCGCGGGUGGCUGGAGGCCAAAGGCUUCAGUACAGUCACUAUCACCAGCCUUGGUGUGCUGACAGGGGCGCAGCUCUUCUCCCUCAACAAGGACGAGCUGAAGACCGUGUGUCCUGAUGACGGCGCCCGGGUCUACAGCCAAGUCACCGUGCAGAAAGCGGCACUUGAGAGGAGUUCUGGUUCGGAGCUCCAAGAGAUCAUGAGGAGGCGGCAGGAGCUCCUGGCAGCCACCACAUGUGAUUCCGGGGUGGAGUCUUUUGACGAAGGCAGCACUCACUGAACUUUACAUGGCGUCUUUUCUUCUGCCCCCCCCCCCUUCCUUUUUUAUCUUCUUGACUCUCCUUCCUUCAAACCGCAGCCUACAUAUUCUCGCACUUCCUUUCCAGGCCGAGGCUGACCACGCCUACUUUGUGGAGAUCAUGCGCCGUCGGCAGGAGCUUCUCAGCUCGUCGCCGUAGAAACAAAACAAGCUCCCUGCUUUCCAGCAUCUGAUGUGGAUGUUUGAUGAUCAAACGCCAACGUUAGUAUUUGUGUUAGCAUAGAAGUCGUAUUGUUGCUGCUUUAGCUGCUGAUGCUAACAGUUUACAUUAUAAUGGGAAGAACACAGCGUCUCUUUGGGAAUGCCUUCAAAGGUGACAUGAAAGACAUCUGCAUAUUUAAACUACAUUCAUAUUCACUACUAAAGAGCUGAUUUAAUAUAAAUAUUAAAAUAGAAUUUCUACACCAUUCGGAUGGUUUUCAUAAACAAGCUGCUGCUUUCUGGAGAUUAGGUCGGAGGUCAUCAAGUGAAGGUGCCAGCUGUGAUCCUUGAUAAUAAAUGUAUAUUAUGACUAAAAACAUGCUCAUACAAUGAAUGUACGUUUUCAUGGUGCCUUUUCAAUAGCAACCUGCUCAUUCUGCAAUAAAAAAACAUUUUGUUUAUAGAUACAAGUCAUGUUAAUGAGAUUACAGAUUAGUUAUUCUCGUUCUCACCAACACUGCUGCAUUAUUUUGUUUCUUGAUAUCCAAACCUUUUGCAUUUAAAAAAGGAAGUUAAUAUAUGUGUAUUCCUAUAAAUCCCGAAAUAUAUCACAAUGAAAAGCUGCUGCAGUGUUUCAAUGGAGGUGUGUGUGCGCGGUGAUUUGCUUACACUGUAAAAUGCUUGCCAUGUGACAAAAUCUUGCAUUUCACCCCAAAAUCCUAAGAGAUACAUCAGACUCCUUUUUAGCUACGAGCAUACAGUGAGCUGAAAGUAGUAGGGGCAAAGGGUUACGGUAUUUCAUUAUUGUAGGUGGCACGGAAACGAAGAUAAGAAUGCCAACAAGGACACUGGCAAUCUUUCACAGUAAUAUAAACCAUUUUUUUCUAAAAUAAAAUGUGUAUUAAAAGCAUAUGAUUUACGUUGUGUAAGGAAAAAUGUUAAAAAUAAAUGGAUAAAUAAGCAAGUUAUGAUUUAUUUUCAAUCCACAACGUAUUGCAUUGCCUUAAAUGGGUAAGUUUCCCCCACUAAGACGGCUGCCACUUAGUAACACCCUCUGGUAACAUUCCAGCUCUGUACUAGUAAGCAGGAUUGUAUUGUUUAUCAAUUCAAAUAGUUCUAAAUUGUUAAAUAGCUUCAGAAUAGUUCUCAUUAUGGUUACUAUUCAAAAGAAAAUGUGUGUUUUGUUGCGGCAGAAGACGAAGAAGAAGCAGACUUAUGAUUAUUUGUUUGGGUAUGCAACACGUACUUAACCUCCUGUAGAUCUUUACGUACACAUGCAAAAAAAUCUAUUUUUGCAUCAGCGUUUAAUGACAAGAUUCAUGAAACCUUCCCUUAUCCUAACAGUCAUUAUGAUAAAAAGAUGACCAUUAAAGACAAAAUAAAUUACAUUGUAAUAUGA